GUACCACAAACAAAUAUAUCAGUCAGAUUUAAGGUGGUCUAGUGGCGGUGUGUUUGGCGUUGUUUUAAACCUUUUAAAAUUUAAAUAGUAAAGUUCUAAAACUUCAAUAGUAAUAUAAAUAUAUAUUACUAUUUCAGGAAGCAAGUAACCUUUUUCUAGUCUUCAGUUUCCUCAGUGACGCGAGUAAUCGCUGAGAGGCUGAUACCCAAAUUUUAAAUCAACACGCGGUACAUUAUACAUAAAGAUGAGUGAGGCCGAGGCUAACGUUAACCCGAAAGCAUAUCCCCUGGCGGAUGCUCCGCUCACGGCGAAGAUUUUGAACCUUGUUCAACAAGCCGCCAACUACAAGCAACUGCGUAAAGGUGCCAAUGAAGCCACCAAGACCCUCAACAGAGGUCUCUCUGAAUUUAUAAUAAUGGCAGCAGAUGCCGAACCCUUGGAAAUCGUAUUACACAUUCCGAUUUUAUGCGAAGACAAGAACGUGCCAUACGUUUUUGUGAGAUCGAAACAAGCCUUGGGCCGUGCGUGUGGUGUAUCUCGGCCAAUUAUUGCCUGUUCCAUAACUAUUAACGAAGGUUCCCAAUUGAAACCUCAAAUACAGAGCAUUCAACAAGAAAUUGAAAGACUCUUAGUUUAAGUGUCAGUGCACAUUGCAUACUAUUUUUGUAAAUAGGAUAAGUUUAAAUAAAAAAUGCUUUAAAA